AUGCAAUUGGCAGCAGUCCUAAGCCUCGUGGGCUUGGUUACGGCUCAAUGUCCGUACGGAUUUGACACACCACUUCAAAAGCGUGAAUCUAUUGAUGCUCAAGCCAGUAGUUCUAGUUUCUUGAAUCAAUUCACAAUUAACGAUACCGAUGCACACUUUACCACCGACGCAGGUGGGCCUAUGCAAGAGGACACUAGUUUGAAAGCUGGGGAGAGAGGUCCAACACUGCUUGAAGAUUUCAUAUUUCGUCAAAAGAUACAACACUUCGAUCAUGAAAGGGUUCCCGAACGUGCCGUGCAUGCUAGAGGUGCCGGCGCCCAUGGCGUUUUCACAAGUUAUGGAAACUACAGCAAUAUCACUGCAGCUAGCUUUCUCAAUGAACAAGGCAAAGAAACGCCUGUUUUUGUGCGGUUUUCCACGGUAGCGGGAAGUAGAGGUAGUGCUGAUACUGCGCGCGAUGUCCAUGGCUUUGCUACCAGGUUUUACACUGACGAAGGGAAUUUUGACAUUGUUGGAAACAACAUUCCCGUUUUCUUCAUUCAGGAUGCAAUCCUAUUCCCUGAUUUGAUUCAUGCUGUCAAACCAUCUCCGGACAACGAGAUUCCCCAGGCCGCAACAGCUCACGACUCCGCUUGGGAUUUCUUCAGUCAGCAACCAAGCUCACUUCAUACUCUCUUUUGGGCAAUGGCUGGAAAUGGAAUUCCAAGGUCAUUUCGUCACAUGGAUGGUUUUGGUGUUCAUACAUUUCGUCUAGUCACUGAUUCCGGUAGUUCCAAGUUGAUCAAAUGGCAUUGGAAGAGUAAACAAGGAAAGGCAAGUUUAGUCUGGGAGGAAGCCCAAGUGCUAGCGGGGAAGAAUGCCGAUUUCCACAGAAAGGAUUUAUGGGAUGCCAUUGAAAGUGGGAAUGGUCCUGAAUGGGAGCUAGGCAUUCAAGUUGUGGAAGAAGACGAUGUUUUAAAGUUUGGAUUUGAUCUUUUGGAUCCCACAAAGAUGAUUCCUGAAGAACUUGUUCCAGUUGAAAGAAUUGGAGUCAUGAAGCUGAAUGCCAAUCCAAGAAAUUAUUUUGCGGAAACGGAGCAAAUUAUGUUCCAACCAGGACAUAUCGUUCGUGGUGUGGAUUUUACAGAUGAUCCUCUUCUUCAAGGACGUAUCUUUUCAUACUUAGAUACGCAGCUCAAUCGCCACGGUGGACCAAAUUUCGAACAACUUCCUAUCAAUCGCCCACACGUCCCAGUUCAUAACAACAAUCGUGAUGGUGCAGCACAACAAUUUAUCCCACUUAACACCGCUGCAUACUCUCCAAAUACUCUCAGUAAUGCCAAUCCAAAGCAAGCAAAUCAAAAAGUUGGUAGGGGAUUCUUCACAGCCCCUGGAAGGACCGUCUCAGGCAACCUGGUAAGGACGGUGUCGUCAACCUUUUCGGACGUUUGGUCUCAACCUAGAUUGUUUUACAAUUCUCUCAUACCAGUGGAACAACAAUUUCUCAUCAACGCCAUUAGAUUCGAAACCUCGCAGCUCACAUCUGACGUGGUGAAAUCGAAUGUCCUCAUUCAACUUAACCGCGUUUCGCACAAUCUUGCCGCACGUGUCGCUGCAGUCUUGAACCUACCUGUUCCGGAAGCAGAUGAUACUUACUACAAUGAUAACAAAACUUCUUCCAUUACAAUAUUCGGAAAUGAACUGCCAACCAUCGCGACACUUAAUGUUGGAGUUUUGGUAACUGUCAAAAACAAUGGAAGUUUAACGCAAGCGUCCAAUCUGGUAACCGCAUUUUCGACAUCUGGUGUGAAUGUAAAAGUUGUGGGGGAGAUCUUGACAAGUGGAAUAGAUGCAACCUACAGCGCAUCGGAUGCAACACUAUUUGAUGGCAUCAUUGUAACCGAUGGUGCCGAGAUACUAUUCACAAAUGGAUCAAAAUCAACGUACUUCCCUGCUGACCGCCCUCGUCAGAUCUUGUUAGAUGGGUACAACUGGGGAAAACCUGUUGGAGCUUUAGGAGGUGCGAAAACGGCGUUAAACGUUGCGCAAAUAUCUUCUGGGGCAGGCGUGUAUAGUAAUGCAACGGAUGUAAAUGCGUUUGUUAAGGAUUUCGAAGCUGGAUUGAAGACAUUCAGGUUCGUUGAAAGAUUUGCUUUGGAUGAAUAA